AUGAGUCUUGUUAGCUGGAACUGCCGAGGGCUUGGGAACCCUCGGACAGUUUGCGACCUUGACCAAAUGGUUAAGGAAAAGAAGCCCAGCUUUUUGUUUCUAAUGGAAACUAUUAGCAACAAGAAACGUAUGGAAAGGUUAAGAGUGAAGCUUGGUUUCGAAGGGCUGUUUGUGGUGGAGCCGGUGGGGAAGAGUGGCGGAUUGGCCCUUUUUUGGAAGGUGGCAGAGGAAUUAGAAAUUCAAAAUUACUCUCGUCGUCAUAUCAAUGCAAUAGUUAAGAUGUCAGACAAUGAAGUGCCUUGGAAGCUUACUGGGUUUUAUGGUCAUCCCGACCCUACAAAAAGAAUGGAAUCUUGGUCUCUUCUAUCACAUUUAAAAUUUUUUGCUCCAGUCCCGUGGCUUUGUGUAGGAGACUUUAACGAGAUAGCUCACCAAUCCGAGAAAGUUGGGGCGAAUCGACGACGUGAAGGGCAAAUGGAGGCAUUCCAGGCAGCUCCUGAGGAUUGCAAUUUGGGAGAUCUGGGGUUCUCGGGUCCGAGAUUUACAUGGUCAAAUAUGGGCCAAGAUGCUUCUUUUACGCAAGAACGGUUGGAUCGAGUUGUUGGUAAUAGUGGGUGGUGUAAUAUGCACAAGUCGGCGGGGGUACAUGUCUUGGCAGCACGAGCUUCGGAUCACAACCCAAUCUAUGUUUCUUUUUCAGGCAUACAACCACGGGGUUUACAGGGUAGGAGAGGUUUUAAGUUUGAGGCUAGCUGGAUCCCUGAUGAAGAAUGUGGAGCUAUUAUUCGUGAGGCUUGGGAUAGGGGUGACAACGCGGGUGGGGGGAAGGGGGGGCAAUGA